GAAAACUCGCGACUUCACCGGACCUCCCAGCCCAGCUCGCUGGCUCGCUCGCUCACUCAUCAGCAGACAGACAGACUUCGAAACCCUCGAAGGGAAACCAAAAUGGCCAGCAUGACUUCCUGACUGACUGACUGGCUGAGCGAGGGGAGGGGGAGGUCAAAUCCACCGAUGACUUUAUUACAGUACAAAAUCCAAGGCGGUCAACGUAGUACUUAUAAUUACUGUAGCAUCUCUACGACCACCCAGUACGGGACGUCCACCGGCCGGUUGGUCGUUGGGUCGAUGAUUGAAUGCGCCGUCUACUGUAGUGAUCGUCAUGCGGCUGCUGCUGCUGCUGCUGCUCCGUCUGCACGCCCCAAGAACCGGGCACGCCGCAGUGAUGGGAGGGAAUAUCCUCCACCCCAUUCGUUCGUUCGUCCCUCAUCCGUCCCCGCUCUGUCUAGUGCAACAAUGAGAGAAGAGAGAGAGAGAGAGCCUCAUGAUGCCACGCGAGAGACAGAGAGAGAGAGAGAGAGGGUUCAUCAUCACCGCUCUACAAAUGUUUUCCUUGGCCCCGUCGUCCACGCGGCAUUGAUCAUCAGUGGAAAAGAAUCGCCAGGGCGGUCGCUCGAUCGUGCCCGUGGACACACGCUAUUCAUGUAUGUACCCAGAGGGCCACAAGCGCGCGCCCGCCUUCGCCACCUGACUGCUUGACUGACUGACGGACAGACGGACCGACGGUGGCUCGAAGCGGGGCGGGCGGGCGACGAUUGACAUAGCAGCGAUGUCGGUCGCGAAGGAGGAGGAGGUUGUAUGUACUGUAGUCAGAUGGCGCCGUAGAGUAAUCAUAAUAAUCAUAAUAACAUAGCUGAUGAUGAUGGCCGACGAUGACCUUUCCACAG